AUGUUUGACUGCCGGGCAUUUAGUCUAUUGGAGACCGUGCCCGGCUGCCAGGCAUUUAGUCACAGGAGUGCAGUUCAAGUCGUUGCUGUGAGACAUAACCGCAGAAGAGAGAUUUCGCCAUUCUGGCUGGCUAUUCUCUUAAAAGACGUUCAAUUAGAAGUAGAUGGAGGCAAUUUUUUACGAAAGAAGGUGCAAUUUCAGUGGCUGAACUGGACAAGUGACCCUCUUACGUAUACUCCCGGCGAUGUCUGUGAUCGGAACUCACCCAACUGCAUUCUAACCCGAGUUUUGGGAUUCACUGCCAAGGGUUCAAGCAUCACUCUAACGUCUGAGGAGGACAACAGGCUCUCCAGGCUUGCUAAUGGUGACCUUUACGACGAAGAUGUUGGAGAUGAUGAGGAUCAAAAUCCGGCGGAUGAGAAAGCAGCUGGGGAGAGUGAAAGGGAAGUGUCGCUUCCAAGAUUAGGAGUGAGCUUAUCAGGGCGAUGGACCACACGUUUCCAAUUAUGA